UCUCGAAACUGUUAAAAAUGGAAAAAUCCUAGCUAUUGGCGGGUAACGGGUUGAUAUAAACGGAUCGGGUCGGACAUGUUAUCGACGACCCGAACCGAAACCAGGAGUUACAUACAUAUAAGUUGAGUGUUGAGUUCUACACAGUACUUGAAAAAACAAAAAGUUCAAAAUUGGAAAUCUCGAAAGAAGGAACAAAAAUCGCAGUGAAAAUGCGACCAAAUAUUGUUUCUGAGGCGGGAUUGCAGACAAGGAUGGGACAGUGGUGGGAAGGAAUUCCUGUCCUUACAUCUGCAGUGGUGGUUGUUUGUGGGAUAAUUUACUUGGUUUGCCUUUUGGUUGGGUAUGACUCGUUUGCUGAAGUCUGCUUCUGGCCAUCUGCUGUAAUUUCUCGAUUUCAAGUUUACAGGAUCUUCACCUCAAUUCUUUUUCAUGGUUCUCUACUGCAUGUUCUGUUUAAUAUGUUAGCUUUGGUACCUUUGGGUUCUGAGCUGGAGAGGAUUAUGGGAUCUGUGCGCCUGUUAUAUAUAAUUGUUCUUUUGGCCAUUAGCAAUGCCUUACUCCAUCUUCUUAUAGCAUUGAUCGUUGCCCAUAAUCCCUUUCAUCCUUAUCCAUACUUUAUGGAUGAGUGUGCUAUAGGUUUCUCAGGGAUUUUAUUUUCAAUGAUUGUGAUGGAGACAAGUCUAAGUGGCGCACAAACUAGAAGUGUGUUUGGACUUAUCAAUGUGCCUGCUAAAUGGUAUGCAUUGAUCUUACUGGUGGUGUUUCAGCUUGUUAUGACUAAUGUCUCCUUACUUGGACAUCUUUGUGGUAUUUUGUCUGGAUUUGCAUAUACAUAUGGAUUGUUCAAUGUUUUAAUACCUGGGACUUCUUUCUUCUCGGCUAUUGAAUCUUCCACUUGGCUAUCAACUUGUGUGAGGAGACCAAAAUUUAUUAUGUGCACUGGUGGUAAUGGUGCAGGAUACCUACCCACGCAUUCAAAUCAAAAUGUCACCUCCAGAAGCGGAGUGCUUUCUGGAAAUAUUUGGGAGAACUUUUCUUCAUGGAUGCCACAGAGAGAGAGCUCUGCUCAGCCGGUGACUGAUGAUAGCAGGUUUCCUGGAAGAGGAAGAACUCUGAGUUCCCAGACCACCACUGGAAAUCAUGAUUCGACUUUACAGGCUAGACUCCUGGAUGGUAGCAGCAGCCCUGAGCGUAUUUCACCUACCGCUACAAUAGGUGGAGACCAGAGCUUAGCUGGAAGACUAUCAGCAGCAGAUACCACUGACACACCUACGAGACCACUAGGACAGCAGGGCUCCAUUCCCUCAGAUGAAGAGAUUCAGAAACUUGUUGCAAUGGGUUUUGAGAAGACCCAAGCAGAAGUUGCACUGGCAGCAGCUGAAGGAGACUUGAAUGUUGCUGUGGAAAUUCUGAGCCAACAGGUUAGACAGGUAGAUGCAUUAUUCGAGUUUCAAAACUAUAAGUAAAUGAUAUAUUGGUGGAAUCUUUUGCAUACUAAGGGCAUGGUGUAAUGGUCAAUGAAGUGUGUUGAGCAUCAUGAGGUGUCAGAUUUAAAUUUUAGCUGAGACAAGUCAUCGGUGAUUUCAUCUCAUCUUUUCUAGCCUCAGUAGCAGAGUUACCCAAUACUUAUUGCUGGUGGGAGGUGGCGAGUAUUUCAUAAAAGUAGUUGAGAUGCACAUAAGCUAGUCCACAUGCCACGGUUAUUAUAAAAGAAGUAUUGGUAUCUUCUUUUCCUACCUACUCAAUUUACAAUGUGUAUAUAUAUAAUAACAAAAUGUUCAACCUAGCAAGCUUGAAUUUUUUUUUUUUU